GCCGAUAGAAAGAGGGGCGGUUUUGUGUUGUUUUGUUUUGUUUUGACCUCAAAAUAAUCAAAAACUCAAAUCCCACCGACAAAUUCAAAUCGGAAAACCAAAAAAAGAAAAAAGAAAUGGAAAUUCCGGAGAAGAAAAACAAUAACAAAAAGCAAAAACACCACCACCAAUCCGGCGCCGCCACUCCCAAUCCAUCCCUUUCCGAUUACUCCUUCAAACCUUCCACCGCCGUCAAAGGCCUACGAUUCGGCGGACAAUUCGUCGUCAAAUCCUUCACAAUCCGCCGAGCCUGGCCUCUCGAAUUUCUCCAACUCCUUUCUCUCCCACCGCGCUACGACGGCGGUAUCCACGACGACGACGGCGGCAACAAACGACUUCCAUUCAAUUCCACGGUGGCGUUCGUUCCGACGAAUUUCACGAUUUUAGCGCAUCACGCUUGGCACACGUUAACGCUCGGCCUUGGCACAAAGAAAUCAAAAGCGAUUCUGUUCGUGUUCGCGACAGAAGCUCUGAAGGCCGCCGCUGGUCGUGUGUGGCCGGCGGAAAUUGCACUCGGCGAUGUGAAUCGACGGCUGAUUCGAGGAUUAAGCGGCUGCGAAAUGGCUAGGUUUAAAUUUAGAAAAGGAUGUUUAACCUUUUACAUCUAUGCGGUCCGUGAAAAGGGGUGCUUCGGAUUCUCCGCCGCCGAUGAUCUGAAAACGAUUUUGCAGGCGGUAGUUUCGCUCAAUGAUUUUUUGGAUCAUACCGCCAUGCUCGCCUUACCUAAUCAGAGAAAUAUUACUUACGGCGGCGGAAGCAGCUUUACGACAGCGCCGGUCGCCGUUGUUCAUUGAAUCUUUAAACCUCUGUUUCUUCUCCUUAAAAUUGAUCUCUGUUCUCAUCAUCAUGAUCUUCUUCUUCUUCUUCUUCUUCUUCUUUGAAAAAAGAAAUUUUGUUGUUUGAGCUUUGAUUGAUUGAUUGAUCGUUGCAACUUUUAUCUUUUCUCCUUCCGUUUGAAUCAUUAGAUUGGAUUAUUAAAUCUUAUAUCAGAAAAAUCGAUCGGUUUAACAA